UUUAUUCAUUUGUUUUGGUGAACAUGUUUGUGUGAAUUUAUCUUGUCUUUUUGUUUUCUAAAUUAAAUUAAUUGUUGUUCGAAUUUUGGUUUUUCUAUUGUUUUGUGGUCAUGGGUCGAAGAUCAAUUAAUACCACGAAAAGUGGUAAAUAUAUGAAUCCAACUGAUCAGGCUCGUAAAGAAGCUCGUAAAAGGGAAUUGAAAAAAAACAAGAAACAGCGGAUGUUGGUUCGGACGGCGGUUCUUAAAGGUAAAGAUCCUCAUCAAGUCUUAGCUGACAUGGAACGUCUUGACCAAAUGGAGUUUAAUGUUGACUCUCCGCCGCCUCUAAAUGAGAAGGUUUUACGUGAUAAAAGAAGAAAAUUGAAAGAAACAUGGGAUCGUUUGUGUAGACUUUAUGUAAAAGAAGAUCAUGAAAAAUUUUUGGAACUUAAGAGGUUGGAAGCUGAUUAUGAAUUGAAAAGAAAUAAACUCAUGAAAUUUUUUGAAUCCGUUAAAUCAGCUCAAGAAGUUGCUCUAGAUGAGAUUCCACUGCCUUCAGGGCCUCCUGAACAAAAAUCGGGAGAUGAAAACAUGGAAGAGGAGCCCGAAAGUGAACCCUCAUCGAUUCUUAAGAAAACAAGUGCUUCUCUAGUAGUAAAUAAAAACCCUCCCGGUUUGCCACCAGGUCCACCGCCAAGUUUAGAUGAAAUUGGCGAUGAAGAUUCUGAUGAUGAACAGGAAAGAGAUAAGAAAGUUCAUUUUGGAGACACCGAAAAGGAAGCGGAUAUCAAUGAAUUCUUGAAAGAGAUAGAAGAUGUCGAAAAGACUGUCGCUGAAAAUGAUAAAAACGCUCCUUCACCACCUGAAGACAAUCAACCCUUAGAAUCAAACCUUUCAGAACCAGAAGACUCAUCGGUCGGAGAAGAGGCAAAAAUAUCCUCACAAGAAUCAACAGAAACAACGAUUCCCUCGAACAGUUCAACAGUCACAUCUAGUACAAUACCAGCUACUAACUCUACGUCAACCAAUCCUUCAUCAUCCACCUCCACCUCAUCCAUUCCACCCUCCACCACGAACACUCCUAUUUUCACUAUGGCACCGACCAAAAUUCAACCCGCUCCUCCUCCUAUUCAUCCCGUUCUACUACUUCGUCCUCCAUUAUUACCCAAUCAGAUGAGGCCGAAUAUGCCUCCACCAAAUCCACCUCCUCGAAUGGGUCCUCCACCCCACCCUAGACCUCAACGUCACAACGCACCUCGAGGUGGUCAUCAACGGGACAGAAAUCAAAGUCAUAAAAAUCGUAGCGAAGAUAAAUCCAAGCCAUCUCAUGUUGUCUCCGAUAAAGCAACAAUUGAAGCCAAACCACAAUUAAGAAACCUGAGUGCGGACGCAAUUAGAUUUACACCUACAUCAUUAAAAAUUAGACGAAACGAAAAGAAUCCGAAGAAAAUUAUUAAACCAGAAGGUCAAGAAUCAAAUUUCAGCUUCACAUCCAAUCCAUAUAAUGAACAAUUCAAACAACAACAACAACCAACUAAGGACGAUGCUUAUGAAGAAUUCAUGAGGGAAUUGAAAGAUAUCAUUUAAAUUUAAUUAGAAUCAUCUAAUUAAAUAAAUUGUACAGUAUAAAUUCAUCAAAAUGUAACAAAUCUCAUUUAAAUUCACACCAUCUUCAAUCAAACAAAUCGUCACAAUUUUGACCAUCGAAAACUAUUUCAUUGGAUCAAUAAACUCGAUACAACAGAAACAUUUAAA